AUGGCUUUUACUUCAACGAGUCAAACAGAUUGGACACGUUCAGAUAUUUAUCAUAAUAGUUUCUUAAUUCCUCCUAAUAAUGCUCUUACGGCCGCAUUGAAAUUGAGUGAAAAACAUGGACUCCCACCUUAUGCAGUGAGUGAAGCUCAAGGUAAAUUUUUGAAUCUUCUGGCACAAAGUAUUCAAGCACGUCGUAUGCUCGAAAUAGGAACACUUGGAGGAUAUUCAACAAUUUGGUUGGCUAAUGCUCUUCCCGAAGAUGGUGAGUUGUUAACAUGUGAAAUUUCGAAAGAUUUUGCAAUGAUUGCUCAAAUAAAUAUCGACAAUGCUGGAUUGACAGAUAAAGUAAAAAUUAUUGUUGGUCCUGCAAUAACAACACUUUCAAAUAUUAAGUCAAACGCUAGUUUUGAUCUUGCUUUUAUUGAUGCUGAUAAACAAUCGAAUGUUGAAUAUUUUAUCCAAGCGAAACGAUUAGUUAGAAAGGGAGGUGUCAUUAUCGUAGACAAUGUAGUACGUAAUGGACGAGUAGCUGAUCCAGAUCAAAGCGACUCAAACAUAGACGGGGUUAGAAAAUUGCUAGAAUAUAUUGGAGACGACCCAACAAUUGAAGCAACAACACUGGGAACUGUUGGCGAAAAAGGUUAUGAUGGAUUUUUAUAUGCAAUUAAUAAACCCAACAUCAGUUAG